AUGGGUCGUGUGAUUCGUGCUCAGCGUAAAGGUGCCGGUUCGGUUUUCGUAUCGCAUACCAAAAAAAGGAAAGGUGCUCCUAAACUGAGAUCAUUGGAUUACGCUGAACGUCAUGGUUACAUUAAGGGAGUCGUUAAGGAUAUCAUCCACGAUCCUGGCCGUGGUGCACCAUUAGCCGUUGUACACUUCCGUGACCCAUACAAAUUCAAGACACGUAAAGAAUUGUUCAUUGCACCUGAGGGUCUUUACACAGGGCAGUUUGUGUACUGUGGAAAGAAGGCCACAUUAGAAGUUGGAAAUGUUAUGCCCGUUGGAGCCAUGCCUGAAGGUACAAUUGUAUGCAACCUUGAGGAGAAAAUGGGUGACCGAGGUCGGCUAGCCCGUGCUUCUGGAAACUUUGCCACAGUUAUUGGCCACAACCCUGAUGCAAAGCGUACGAGAGUAAAGUUGCCAUCUGGGGCCAAGAAAGUGCUACCAUCCAGCAAUCGAGGAAUGGUUGGUAUUGUUGCUGGUGGUGGUCGUAUUGACAAGCCUAUUUUGAAGGCCGGUCGUGCUUACCACAAAUACAAGGUUAAGCGUAACUGCUGGCCAUAUGUCAGAGGUGUGUCCAUGAACCCUGUGGAGCAUCCUCACGGAGGUGGUAACCAUCAACACAUUGGUAAGGCGUCCACUGUCAAGCGAGGAACAUCAGCUGGUCGCAAGGUCGGUCUUAUUGCUGCCCGCAGAACCGGAAGAAUUCGUGGAGGAAAGACAGAGACCAAGAAGGAGGCGUAA